CGCACGUAGUUAUCUAUCAUGUCCGCCCCGAAGUCCGCCUCGGCGGAAAUUUACAGAAACUCCACAACCCAACGAAAAGAAAAGCUUUAUUGAAGAGCGAAAAAGAAAACAUAUGAACAGUUGGAAACGUUUUAGGCGACAUUUUACAGCUCUUUCGCCCCCCUGCCUGCUUCCCCUUAUCCACAUGUAAACGCGAUUGAUUUGCCGAUUCGCAGAUCGUCCAUCGUUUGUCGUCUUCGUCUCCUCUCUGCCGGAGUUCUGAGUUCACCCGGCUCCGCCAUCCGAUCAGCCAAGAGACUUUGCAUCACCUCCUCCUUCCCGGGAUUUCGGUGGUAGCGCGAUCUCUUUUGUUUCAGUCAGAUGAGAGCGGAAGUGCAGAUGGAGCCAACAGGCGGGGAGAGUCACAGUGACGCUGACCCUCUACUGCAGAAUCAGGCCGAUUCGCCUCUGUCGUCGCCUGCAAGUCCCGGCGAGAUUACGAAUGAGGAUGAUAAUCUCGAGAACGGUUCAGUUCCCACUUGCCGCAUUUGUCUCGAGAGCGAUUGCGAGCCAGGAGAUGAGCUGAUAUCUCCAUGUAUGUGCAAAGGCACUCAGCAGUUUGUUCACCGCGUGUGCCUUGAUCAUUGGCGUUCAGUUAAGGCAAGCGCUCCACUCAUGAAUUUUAUUACGUUUUCAGUUUUGGUGUUAAUUGAUCUUGAAGGAUUUGCUUUCUCUCACUGCACUACUUGCAAAGCACAGUUCCAUCUCCGAGUUGCAUCGUUGGAGGAGAAUUCUUGGCAUAAAAUAAAGUUCAGACUUUUUGUGACAAGGGAUGUCAUUGUUGUCUUUUUGGCCGUGCAAACAGUGAUUGCUGCUAUGGGUGGCUUUGCCUUCCUAAUGGACAAAGAUGGAGCCUUUAGGAACUCAUUCAGUGACGGUUGGGACCGAAUAUUGUCUAAACAUCCCAUUCCCUUCUACUAUUGCAUAGGAGUUUUGGCUUUCUUUGUACUGCUCGGGUUCUUCGGCCUUAUAUUACAUUGCUCGACCCUCAACAGCAGCGAUCCUCGGAUGGCCGGAUGCCAGAACUGCUGCUACGGAUGGGGAAUCUUGGACUGCUUCCCUGCAUCCAUGGAAGCAUGCUUUGCCCUGGUACUGGUGUUUGUGGUCAUUUUUGCCAUCCUCGGCAUAGCUUAUGGCUUUCUUGCUGCCACCAUGGCUAUUCAAAAGAUAUGGCAGAGACAUUACCACAUUCUUGCCAAGAGGGAGCUAACUAAGGAGUAUAUAGUUGAAGAUCUUCAUGGUUGCUACACCCCGCCAAAGCUUGAUGCGGAACAUGAAGAGAAGUUGAAAAUGCUUAAGCUUUUGUAAUUGGGUAUUUGUGCAAGAAGAAAAAGGGUAAAUGUUGAAAGUCGUUUGAGAAGACAACUUGGGAGGUAUAUCUAACUAUAAUGUGCUACUACCCACGUUUGUUUCUAUAUAGAAUGGAGCAGAGUUGGAAGGAGAGUUCUUCUCUCGCUUCUCCCACAAAGUUGGUCGAUGAAUCCAAGCUUUCUUCAGUGAGGAAGUGUGGUUAAAACUUAAAAGACUGUCGCUGCAUUGUACACAAAGCAUCAAGCAGACAGCAUCGUACAUUAGGUUGCAGUGUUCCGAACUCGAAAUUUGUAGGUGCUGCUGGGAUUGCAGUUGAAGUUGUUGUCACCUCAAACCUGUAAAUGGUAUUGUAGCCUCGAUACCCUAUGAAACUAAACCUCUCUCUCGCAACGAGCCUCAACCCUGUGACCAUAGCCGAUCCCUCCAGAUCCCAUUUGCCUAUCGUUUUGUGGGUGAUGUGAACUUCCCCUCCAUCUUCCAUCAGCUUCUUGGCAUUUCUUGAAGAACAUUAUGAUCCGCUUCUGGUGCCUCCUCUGCCAUCACAUAAUUAAGUGCGCAAUAUCAAUACAGCUCAGUAAAAAGUUGGUUGUGGUAUUAACUACAAUGUUAAUUAACGA